AAGACAAAGUUUUAUUGGUUGAUGGGGAGGACAACAAGUGGGUGAUUGACAGCAGCGACACGCGAGGCAGACAUACCUGGAGGGCUGCACGACACUCCGCACACAGACCGCGUGCCUCCGAUACGGAGUAGCGACACUUACUCCCUCACACGCACGCACGCACACACGUACAACUGGUCCCUCCUCACCUGUUGCCGGUAUAAAUACAUCUCGUGCAGCAGGUAAUGUUCACAAGUGCUGAAGUGUCGCUCACCUGUCCUGUGUCGUGGAGCAGGGCACACUGGGAUACUCAUCAAUGACAUUGACCACAGACAAGCAGAUGAUGGACGGCGAUAGCGUUCUGCUGACAGGAUAACAUUCUUCUCGCUCUGGAACCAGAGCUGUGUUCGUGUUCUAAACACUAACGUGCUUCUUGAAUUAUCUUAAAAAUCAUUUUCGGUUUUGUUUUCUUUUUUUUUCCCCCUUCACAGACUUCGGGGUGUGAGACCGACAUGGAAGUUUCCAGCGGGUACUUGACAGCCUCCACGUCGACGAGUCCAGAUUCGUCCAGUUCGGAUACAUUCGACUCUUAUGCAGGCAAUUCCUCGACGGAGGAUUCGAACCCCAGUGCCUCGACUCGCCGACAGAGCAGCCGGCUGAAGGCGAAGAAGAGAUGUGAUGUCAGCGCCGAUUCUGAGGAGGUGGACGGGUUGCAGUCUGCUGCAGGUGGCACGGGGUCUGCUGCAAGCGCCACAGCGCCGGGACGCUGCCGGAAGAGGACUGCUGCUGGAGAGGAGAAGUACAACCUGCGGCUGAGCUCCCUGGUCAAGCGCGUGCAGGUGGAGCGCAAGCACGCGACGCCCAAGGAGCCAAAGGGCAAGAGCAAGCCGCCGCCGCUCAGCAAGUACCGCCGCCGCACCGCCAACGCACGAGAGCGGAUGAGGAUGCGCGACAUCAACGAAGGCUUCGAGCGGCUGAAGAGCUGCCUGCCGGAGAUGGAGGAGCAGGAGCAAAAGGGCAAGAAGGAGAAGGUCACCAAGUUCACCAUUCUCAGCCUGGCGCUCAACUACAUCCACGCCCUGCGGCAAGUCUUGGGGUACGAGCCCCUGGAUUCCGAAGUGUGCGGCACGGCAAGCGGCAGUGACAGCUGCGAGACUAAGUCGGAGUCCAGCAGCAGCAGCAGCAGUGGUGGCGAAUGCAGCAGUAAGGACAUCAACAACAAUGGCAGCAUGUGCAGCAACAGCAACAGUGGCGACGGUGGAAAUGUUAGCAGCAGCAGAAACAGCAACGAAACGUGUAGUAGCAGCACGACCAACAUCAACAGCAGCAACAACAGCAGCAACAACAGCAGCCUGAGCACUCAAGUGACCAACGUUACCAGCCCAGGCUCCACCACCAGCGACGAUUCCGAACUCGGGGCUGAUGCCGCCGCCUCCACACACAUUCUAAGUGCUUCGCUCUCCUCAUCAUACUUAUCAUCGUCGUCGUCAUUAUCGUCGUCAUCGUCAUUGUCAUUGUCCGACGACCUGUGCAGCAGCCCCUCCCCGGCCCCUUCAGUGCUGGAUCUGAAGGAGUAUUACCUGCCCUACACGCCGCUCCCCGCGGACUUGGGUGGCAGUGACUUGCCCCUGGCCCGAGCGCUGAGGAUGAAGGACUACGUCCUGUGCAGUGACCCCGUCACCCCGGGGAUGGAGGUGAGGGGGGAUGCGCUGUGUUCCCCCUCUCCCUCCCUUUCCAGUAACUCGUUGUCCCCACCCCCGCCGCCCCUCCCCCUCCCAGAGGACUGCUUGAUGUUCGGAGACACCGGCCUGUGUCUGGAUUUGCCCAUGACCCUGUCCACUCUACAGGACUGCAUCGACAUGGGCUUGUAGCAACGGAUGCCGCGCCAUCCUUGACCAGACCACCCGUCCUUCUUCUUUGCUUCUUCGUUCCCUCCAUCUCUCGCUUUCUCUGUUCUUCUGCAUUUCCUCCCAUGGUCCAGUCACUAGUCUUGAGGACUGUGUGGUGGACCCGCUGCACUUACUGUUUUUCCUCCGCGUGACAGUGACCACGGGAUUCCUACGCUGACAUGAAGAGUUGCUACACUAGGGGGAUGUGACCCUCAUGCCUUGACGACAAAGGUGAUGUGCAAUAACGAGGCCUUAGCCUUAUUAUCACCAAGUCUUUCCCUCACAAGCAGCCGGACUGACUGGCACUACCACGUGUCGCAAGUACACACAGUAGGUAGAGCAAAGAGUCUGUGACCAGUGGCAGCAGUGUAUGACCACAGAGUGUGUCCGACAGUGGGCAAAGUAUGAAGACUGUCUACCCUGGGACCGGGGAGGAACCGAGUAAACGGCUUCUGGAACUGAAUUCUUAUCACUACCUGUGACAAUUCACCAAGGACCCUGUUGGUCAGUCCACGGGGCCAGGCAGUGGGGAUGUGACUGUCACCUCACGUGACCCACAAGGCUGUCGAUGGCGAGAUUAUAAGUGCAAGAUGGGGGAGAACUGACUGUGCUUCUGUGACGUCACUUCCCUGUUUCCUGUGACCUUUGCACCCAGUGAAGUGGCCUCACACUGACUGACGCUGCUGUUCCAUGUUACUCGGGUCUACACUCCGUGUCGUAAAUUUACAUAAUGCAAUAAUUUAAAAUAAGACAUUACUACGAAUGUGAGUACUGUAUACUUCAAACAUCGACCAUUAUUUCAAUUAACUUCUUGCUGAAUACGAACUAUUUUAUUACAAACUUUAUGCUAUUUGUUUUCCUUAGUAGAAAGCAUUUAUACGUAGGUAAAAUAAUACUAGCGUUUAUUUUUUAUGGUAAUGAAAGAAAUCUUGUGGAGAGGACAUUUUGUAGAGAGAUGAGUAAAGGUUUUGCUUUAGUAGUUGUCUCAAGAAUUUAAUUAUCGACUUGGUUGUGAAAUGUCUCACAUUGUAAAGUGAAUGUUUGAAGGUUUUGGCAGGAAAAGCGAGACUGUGCUCGGAUGACCCUGCAAAACAAAAAUCCGGUUGUAUGUUUGUGUAACUUUGUGGCGAGAAUGAAUGGAUCCAUAUUCAAACACAAAUGAAGAAAUAAGAUUAUGAAAUAAAUAAUAAAUACAAAGAG